UGUGACAUUUACAGCUUUGGGAUUCUGCUGUGGGAGCUGCUGACUGGGGAGGUCCCUUACAAAGGAAUUGACACUCUGGCUGUAGCGUAUGGUAUCGCUGUCAACAAACUCACCCUUCCCAUCCCAUCAACCUGUCCAGAAAUCUUCUCAAGAAUGCUCGACGAUUGUUGGAACUAUGAUCCUCACGAAAGGCCAACCUUCUGUGAGAUCAUGCAGCAGCUCAAAGACAUCUCGGAAUCACCGUUUAUCAACACACCUCAGGAUUCAUUCCAUAUAAUGCAACAAGAUUGGAAGGAGGAGAUCCAAGAGAUGUUUGAUGAACUGAGGGUUAAAGAAAAGGAGCUGAGGACGAGAGAGGAGGAGCUGUCCCAGGCAGAGAUCCAGCAGAAGCUCCAUGCGGCCCUGCUGAAGCGGAGGGAGCAGGAUCUAGCUGAGAGGGAGAUUGAGCUCCUGGAGAGGGAACUGAACUUGGUCAUCACGCAACAGCAGCAGGACGAAAAACCCGUCCCUAAGAAGAGACAUGGCAAGAUUAAGGCUAACAAACUACGACGUAGCAACAAACGUAUCAGUACUCCUCAAGAUUUCCAUCAUAAAUUGACAGUAAAGGCUGACCCCUCCUUCCAACGAGGUGGAGGAGAUCCCCGUUCUUCACACCUCAGUCCAGAGGAGAGUCCACCCAAGAGUCCCAUUCCUCGGUUACGGGUCUUUGCAUUACCAAAGGAACAGCCGAAGGGAAAGACAUGGGGUCCAAGCACAAUGCAACGGAAACAGCGUCAGAAGACAUUCCGUCCUCAUACACUGUCAGAAGCUACUGCCAAGAAGUUUACUAGCGCCCCCAACCUAAUCCACGGCAAGUCACCUCUAUCACCGAUGCUGGAUGGUAACUGGCAAGUAAGCCUAGCCAACCCCAAGCCCUAUUGGCCAGACGUUGGUCCUACACCCAACCAUGAAGAGGAGGAAACCCAUGACCCAAAGAGGGAUUCUCUGAGACGCAAGACCAGUAAACCAGGGAUGGCUGAGAUGGGUCUGUAUGGCGCUGCUGCAAUCCUGGCCUCGGUGGCUCUAGGGUACGACGUCCGCACUACUAACCUGUCGAUUUACCAGAGUGGAGAACUGGAACAUCGGAGGAAAGAAUACGCCAAGCAGGCCUCGGCGGAUGAGGUCAGUACGCAGACGAGUGAUAAUGACAUGAACGGUUUGGAAGAUGAAGACUACCUAUCCAUGAGCUCAACGUCGAACCUGACAAAGAACUGGGUAGCAGCGCCUCAGAGCACCGGGAUGUGGAAUGAUACAAAUGCCACGGAGAACCAUCAACCACCUUCCACGCAGUCAAUAGUCAAACAGAACCCUGCUUACUUAGAUCACAGAGACUCCUUACCUAAUGAAAACCAACCGUCACCAACAGUCAGGACUCACAGGAGAACAGCAUCCGCUGAUGAUAACUUGAACAGUAUGCGUAGGACACGGACGCCGUCUGACAGUUCAACCCCAUCCACCAAAUGGGAUAGUACUGGGGAUCAGUGGAGUACAUGUAGUCCGGGAUCAGAUGUGUCAUCACCGUUAAGGAACCCUCCCCAAGUUCCUCCACGGAGGACAAGCUUUGUGGGAGAUUCACAGAUGGAGAGGCCAUCCUCGCUUGACAUCUGUGCCCGACCCCGCCCUCACUCCAGAGUAUACCUCACACCCCAGAACCAGUCUUCAAACGAAUCGCCUCAUCGGAGAGUGUCAUCGUCUGCCAAUACCACACCUCGUCAUAGUUACCAUGCCGACUCCUCCACAGCCAGCUAUAGUAGCUACAGUAGCAGCAACGCCUCAGGGGCCACCUCACCUCCACUAUCUAACACCACCCCUCACCAUGUACCAUUCCAACACUCCUUCUCCCAGCCACAAACGACGCAGCAGGUGCAGAAAUAUCAGCAUCAUCAGCAACAGCAGCAACAACAUCAUUCUCACUCACAACAGUCCCAUGUAUAUAAUGCCCACUACCAGCAGCAGGUUUCGCACCACCAACCAUCGCAACAUCCGGCAACGCAGCACCACCACCACCACCACACCACGCCCACCCACCAACAUCAAUAUCAACAUCAUCACCAACAACAACACCACCACCACCAGCAACAGCAGCAGCAGUAUCAUUCAGGGGUGAACAACCGCGCCUCUUUACUGGACCAGGACAUGGAGGGGCAGAAGAGGGACCCCACCCGUGCCCUCGAAGCUAAGCCAACAAAAGAACCAUCAGUCAAUGCCCUUAUCAAAGAAUUUUUAUGAUUAAGGCUGUAUUGGAUGAGAGGUAUAUAUUGUAGGCAGAAUAUUAUUACCACUAGCCAAACAGGAUUUUCCAUGUAUUUUAUUCUUUAUUCUUCCAAGUAAUUCAUUACACGAAAAUGAAGAAACUUAUUCUUAUUGUCGGAAUUGCCUGUUUUCGGCACUCAUGUAAUGCCAAUGAUAUAUGAUUUAUUUUGACAAAAACUCUUCUUUUUAGCAGGCGAGAUAUAUGAUGGAAUCUCACCAGUGGUAAUGUUACAUUUCAUUAUUUAUCAUCAAUUCGGAUUUGCCUGUAGGCCUAAUGAAAUAUCUUUCAUUAUUAUUAUAAUUAUUUUUAAAGUUUGUUGAUCAGUUUGAACUUUCUUUAGUCUUGUCCUCUUUCUUGAUUGAUCUAAUCUGACUUCUUAGAUAGCUUUUUAAAAAACCCAUUAAAAAAGUAUUUCAACCAUUUUCAUUAAAUUACAAUAAUUUUUUUUUAAAGUUAUAAAUCAUUGCUUGGAUGUUAAGAUCCUAUGGCACAAUUUUGAGGGAAAUAAUGACUAGAUAACCUUACAAGUGAUAUUCUGUCCAAAAUCCAGCAUUUAAUUUUUGUCUCACCUGCAUAGCAGAGUGAGACUAUAGGCGCCACUUUUCCGAAGGCGGUGGCGUCAACAUUAAAUCUGAACCGAAGGUUAAGUUUUUGAAAUGACAGCAUAACUCUGGACCUAGUUCCAACUUGGACAUAAGGUUAAUCAAGUAUUACUGAACAUCCUGCCUGAGUUUCAGGUCACAUGACCAAGGUUAAAGGUCAUUUAGGGUCAAUGAACUUAGACCAUUUGGGGGAAUCAACAUCAAAAUCUUAACCUAAGUUCAAGUUUUUGAAAUUUCGACAUAACUUCGAAAGUUUAUGGACAUAGUUAAUGAAACUUGGCCAUAAGGGUAAAUCAAGUAUUACUGAACAUCCUUUCUGAGUUUCAAGUCACAUGACCCAGGUCAAAGGUCAUUUAGGGUCAAUGAACUUUGACCAAGUUGGGGGUAUUUGUUGAAUUGCCACCAUAACUUUGAAAGUUUAUGGAUCUGAUUCAUAUAACUUGGACAUAAGAGUAAUCAAGUAUCACUGAACAUCCUGUGUGUGUUUCAGGUCACAUGACCAAGGUCAAAGGUCAUUUAAGGUCAGUGAACUUUGGCCACGUUGGUGGUAGUUUUUAAAUUGCUGUCAUACUUCCAAUGUUUAUGGAUAUAGUUUAUGAAAUGUGGACAUGGUAUCACUGACAGGUCUUAGGUCACAUGAUCAAGGUCAAAUAUCAUUUAGGGUCAAUGAACGUAGUAUUGUAUCAUUAUAUGAAUGGUGUUUUUUGUGAAUAAUGAUUUUAUAGUAGUUUUCAAAGUCAGCACUGCUGCUAUAUUGAAUUGGUGAUGCAGGUGAGACUGCCAGAGCCUCUCCACUUUUUAAGACAAGAAGCCACUAUACCAUGUUGAGGCAAUCUUUGUGAAUACAGUCCGACCUCUCUUAUCCAGACACGUUGGGACCAGCACCAAUCCGGAUAAGGGAUUUAUCUGGAUCUGGGAGACCCAAUAUCAAAUACACGCAGCUGCCUCCCCAACGGUGGUAGCUACACGUAAUCUAUUGUAGUGGGCGUACACAGACAGUAUUCACUGCAGUGUCAGUUCAAAUUAUAAGCGGUAUUUUAACGGAAAUGAAAUCGAUCGAUGGCCAAAACUCUUGGAUAAUUUACCUGCUAAUAUGAAUGAGGUAUACAUCAAGCAUACUUUGAAAGAAAGAGAAUGACUAGAUGAAACUAAGUUUUACAAUUAGAUCAUCGCGGCGGGUAUCGCAGCUUCGCAAUGUCAGCCAUUGUUAUACUGACUGUAGGCUCAAACAAGCGCUAGCUAGCAAGACAUGUGUUUCCCCGGGAAAUAAAAAGAGAACGUGAUGAAAUGUUUGUAAACGCUCUGAUUUACUGGAAUAUUAUCCUGUCUUUGUUCUUUCGGUGAUUUGGAUGAGAUAUUUUCAUGAAAAAUAAUGUUGUUUGUAGAUAGACUAUAUUGGAAAAUAUAUGUACCGGUAAUCAAAGUGAGUUUGCGUAUAGGAUUGAGUUUGAUUGAAGUCUCAUUUCCCCCACGUACUAGAUUGAAUUAGACCAAAAAAAAAUCUCGGCAAAUGUGCGUCCGGAUAAUAGAGAGAUCCGGAUAAGGGGAGGCCGGAUAAGAGAGGUCGGACUGUAUAUUGUUUUUCCACAUUGAUUCAGUUUCACUCUCCUGAAUAUUUGAUUUAUUAGAUAUUAAAAGUUUGUCAACCUGGAUAUAAAAAAAGCAACAUAUCUUUAGAGACAGAAUGUGUCUCACCACCCGUCCAAGAAUUAAUAACCAAUUUCUUAUUUCAGAAAGCUACAAUCUGAUUGAAAAAUUUCCUUAUGUAGUUAUCCUAAUAUUUUCUCAAGAACUUCCCAGUAUAAGAUAUAGUUUAUAUAAAGAAUUGUAUCCUUGUUACAUAUAGAAGAUACAUUUUAUCUGUUUUGCUGAAAAAGUUAAGCUCAAAAGUAUGUUUCCUUUUGUUUUGCUACAUUUUAUGUCAUUUAAUUGCCAUGAAAUUGUUGGCAGUAUUUUUAAGACGAAAAGAUUAUUUCUUAAUGUCAAGUUGUCGAGAACUUAUUUCGGGAAGUAGGGGUGGAUGUUUUAUUUGUCUGAGCCAGAUGUUAGGUAAAUUGAUUCAAUUAUUUAUAGGUGAAUGGGAAAUAUCUCCUUUUAUUUUAGAAAAAUAAUUAAUUUAAGUUUGUAAGGUCAUAGGAUAGUUGUAUGUAAACAUUUUUGCAGGGAUUUAUGUAUUGCAUUAUGAGUUGCCUUUCCUUUUUGAAUAACGGAAGAAGGUGCUGCAGUUGUAGUAUAGUUAAUUAAAUGUUUUUUCUUAUAGAAAGCAAUGCAAGAAAAAUGAAAUCUCUUUUUUUUAUUUUAGUGUUAUGAAAUUGAAUAAUUUUGUUUAAGCUAUUCUUUAGUUCUCAUAGUGCUGAAGUAAUAAUACAAUGAAAUUAGAUAGAUUAUUUGACUGGGUGGUUCUGAAAUCCAUUUCCAAUGGAAAUUGUGAGCAGAAAUGUAAGUAUUGCAUUUAAUCUCCCUCUGGAUGUUAAAUGAUGACCUACUCAGUUAUUUUAACGAGACCUUAGUAUCAUGAGAGGAUUCUUAUUAAAAGUAUAUUUCAGAUAAGCCAUAUCUCAGAUAAAUCUCUGCCGUAAAGGUGGUUAUAGUAGUAGAAGUAGUUGUCGCAGUAGCAUAAGUAACAAUGAUGUUUAGCCCCAGCAAUCGGUGAAUUCAACCAAUGAAUGAAGCUUUGUUCAAGAAGAAUAAAUGUAUCCAUUUCCCUUUUUUUUGGGGGGGGGGUUGAAUGCAGCAAAAUACAGAUGAAUUUCUUGCUGACUGAAAUUAACACUGGCUGGGAAUUGAAACUGUGUUCCUCUCGUUCAAUAUUACCAAGUUGAAGUCAAAGUCAUAGGAGGAGAAGAAGGAAUAGUAGAAGUAGUAGCAGUAGUGGUGGUAGUAGUAGUAGUAGUAGUAGUAGUAGUAGUAGUAGUAGUAGUAGCAGCAGCAGCAGCAGUGGUAGUAUUAAGUUGUAAAAGUCCACAUUGAUAAAAUCUGAAGAAAUAUCCUGAAUUAUUUUAGACUAAGUAUCAGACCGAUGAUAGUGGGCACGCAUCCAAUGAAAUCUUGCCAUCCAAUCUUACUUCAAACUAUUGCAUGCUUGUAAGCAAUGUUUGGAAACCCUAUCCUUGCAAUGCAAGGGAGAGAUGGUUGACUGAUAUCCGGUGUGAAUAGAGACAGAUAAAGUCCUCUCUCAUUCUGUAAGAGAUCAUUUUUUGCUGCAUUGUUGUCGAGAAUUUUUUUUUUUUUCAAAAUGGCCAAUAUUUUUGGAAGCAAUCCAACUACAUGUUAUGUGCCUAUUGCUCUUGACAUUGUCAAAUAAGUUGAAAAAUAAUAAGGUUAUUGACAUUUGUCGUAGUGUAAAAUUGUGAAUUUGGCAUUGUCCCUUGCAGAAAGAAGUUGAGGUUGUAUUGUGCAAAGUUACUUACGGUAUGUAGCAGCUACAUUAUGCACUUAUGAUUUUUUUUUUUUACAAUUAAAUUUUGGUUAAAAAACUGCCAUCCUAAAAAAAAAAAAACAUCUUUGAAAUAUAAAACCCACUCUCUGCAAGAACUGUGUGAUUAAUUUAUUCUGUUCUAUGGAACUGAGCUAUUCCAUUACGGGAAGAGCUGUGGUGCAGUGGUUCUGACUCGCACCUUGUAAUCAAAGGGUUGUGUGUUCAAAUCCUACCACAGCCUAGCGUCCUUUGGCAAGGCGUUGAUCCACACUUUGCCACUCUCCACCCGGGUGCUUGAUGGGUACCUGAUAGGAUGUGAAAUUUCCUUGUAGCUGUCAGGUAUUACGUGCACCUCAAUGGUGACUGGCCAUAUUACUCCCCAGGGAGUGGAUGUGCAUACGUUUUGUGCAGGAAUAAAUGAUUGAAUCCGAUGAAUGGGUUUGAUAAUAAAUAUUUAUAGAUGCGUACAAUGUAUGUUUUAUAGCACUUUGAAAAUAAACCAGAAUAUUGAUAUUGAUCAGUGGCUUAAACUUUUCAAAUGAUAACAAGUUUAAAUGAUUAAAUAGUCAAAUAGCUUAAGUUGGAUUGCUUUCAAGAAUGUGGGCUCUGUGGUGUGAUAAACUCAGGUUGUAUAAACAAGUGCUGCAGGCAACACAAGCGAAUUAAUCAGAAAUACACAAUACUGGCCAAAGGUGUACCAUUCAGUGGAGUGUAUUAUAAAGAUUCAAUCAAACUUAGAUAUAAUUGUGAGGAGUACUAAGACAGCAGUACUAAACAGAUGAACAUGAAAUGUAAAAUGAAUAUUGUAAUGGUUUUUAAAUAUCAUGUACAGAAGUGAGAUGAUAGGAAUGGCAUGGUUAGCGCAAGUGUUAGAUGGUUCUUAAUUUUGAAAUUAACAAAGUGAUAACAAGCAAGGUGUUUAUAAGAUUAUUGUGAAUGUAGGAUGGAAGCAUCAUGUUAUUUAUCUUCAAUUUCUUGUAGUUUUAUAAAAUAUAGCUAAAUGAAGAUGAAUCUAUCAUUCACACUCAGUUACCAUUCAUCCAGAGUGGCAUUUAGGAACUAAAAAUUCAUAAUCCUGUAUCUGAAGUUAAGUUUGAACAGUGUUUUGUUUCAAGAAUUCUAUAACUAGUUCUCUUGAAUUUAUGGUCUCUUACCAUUGCCAAAAGUCAAUGCGACCACUGAGUUAAGAAAGGCCUAUUCCAAGUUUUGAAAGCAAUUCUGUGGGAAUGUUGAGCUCUGUUCACAUCACUGUUGUUUGGUUGCACGUGUGUGUAAUCAAUAACAAAACAUCUGUGGCUAAUCAAGAUGUUCAUCUAGUUUAACUUACUUUCUAUUAUCCAAUCAAAAUCGUUUUUUAAAUUUGCAAUUGAUUGAAAAGAUUUGUGUUAUUGGGCCUGGAAAUGUUUAGGAUUUGAUGGAGUAGAUUGGGUGGAGAAAUAGUCUUAGAUUCUCCUCAUCAGAUCAUGUCUGAUGUGAGCAAGAGUGUGACACAUCACAAUGGCUUGCACUUGCCUUUUUCAGGAUUGCUUUGGUGCAUACAAACCUUGCAAAGUUGACAAAAUUUCAUAAAUUCCCAAAAAAUUCUUCAUGAACAAAGUCAUAUCCAAGUUAUGUUUUUAAAUCUGUACAAUCUUGUCCAGUAUUUUUCUCAAUACAGAAUGGAAACAGCGCCAUCUCGUGACAUCAGAUAUCAAUUGAUUUCCAUGAUACUUUUCAACACUUUAGGAGAUAAGCAGUUCAAUCACAACUUUGAUAAAUAAGUUGAACGAAGUAGUUGAACAUCUACACUGAUCUAGAAAAAGAUGCCAGUGGGAUGUUGUGAGAAACUUAUUUCAUAUUGAUGCAAAUAUCAAUUUGGAAAAAAAAAAUCAGUAGAUAAAUGAAAUCAUGCAUGCUGAUUGGUUUAAAUAUCAUCAUGUACCAACCAACCUUAAUAUAGGAAUAGAAUAGUACUAGUUAUAUAAUACUACCCCCCCC